AUGGACGUCAUAUUGGACAAUUUGUCAGAUAUUGAACGGAAACUGCUUGAACGGAGCCAGGACUACGGCAUACCGCUUUACGAACAAACCCCGCUAGCGCACACAACAGCAAAUAACGAAAGUGAGGACGAACUGGAAGUGCCUCCCUCACCUCCCAGCCCAGGUGGCACUGACGCAACGGAAAGCAUAAACUGGUGCACAUGCGGUUCAUGCCAUAAUAUGCCUACUGCAGCAGAGAAUGUUUGCUGUCGCUCCUACCCUGCAACAAUAGCGAAGAUGGACGGCCGCAGUUGCAUUGUUGGUCACCCCAGUUUCUAUGAAAUAUGCCUUGACCCUGAGAGCCUAGCUGUGAUCGUGUCGGACGUCGAAAGCGAAAGUUUUUCCUCGUCGCUGCUGGAUGAAUUCAGUGAGGACAGCUCGGACGACGUGGUGUCAGACGAUGAUCCGUAUUCAACGGACCCACUUCCGCUUCAUCCUCCGAUCAACAGGGAUGCAGUUGUUCGCGAAGUCACGCAAAACGAUGACUUUCGGUGUCUGUGUGGCGUCUGCAGUCCGGAGCAACCAGACGAAUACUUGUGCUGCACCUCAGUGAGCCAGGUUGCAGCUCUGUGUGACAGUGCUGGCGUGCAGUGCGUCACCGAGCACCGUCUGUUCCACGACUUCUGUCUGCGGAGGGAAAUGCUGGCGGUGAAUGCACGCCAGUACUGCCGCUACGACUAUCGGCUGCGGCUGUUGGAUCCGACAGACAACAGGUGUCUGAGGUUCACAGCCUACUCUAUAUUUGCCAGUUGGGUCUGGGGCUACCUCGGACCUAGAAAUAGGCGACAAAUUCCAGGCUGCGCUGUGCGAGCGAUUCGAAGAGAGCACCCGUCGCCUUCAUACCAAGGGUUUCUUUCUUAAGAAUGGUAUGUUUUCAGCAUACAUAUAUUAUAUGCAUCUGCUGGCUGAUUCCCUUUUCAUGGUUAUAC